AUGACAUGUAAUCCAGAAUGGGAAGAGAUCGCUGAGCAACUACAUCCAGGUCAGACCCAUAAUGAUAGACCCGAUCUAACCUCAAGGAUAUUUCGAGCAAAGCUCCAAGACUUGAAAGAUCAACUCUUUAAAAAGGUGAUCUUUGGAAAAGUUGCCGCACAUGUUCACGUGAUUGAGUUUCAAAAAAGAGGUCUACCACAUGCACAUAUCUUAAUAAUUCUCAUUAGAGAUCACAAGAUCAUAUUAUCGGAUCAGUAUGAUAAGUAUGUAUCUGCAGAAAUUUCAGACCAAUCCAAACACCCAAUCCUCUAUGAAUUGACAAUAUGGGAAAGGAUAUCAAGAAAAUUUAAUUUACCACCUGUUCAACCUAACCCUAAUUUAGAAGGAAUUUCAUACCCAAGAGAAAUUCAAGAUGAACCCACUGUACAAAUUCCAAUUGAAGACCUCAAUGCUGAAUCAACACUUAAUUCUGAACAAUAUAAUGCAUAUACUUCCGUGUUAUCACGAGUUCAGGCAAAUAAAAGUAGGAUUUUCUUUAUUGAUGGGCUAGGAGGAACAGGGAAGACAUUCUUAUACCGUGCUCUACUUGCCAAAGUAAGAUUAGAAGGGAUGAUAACUCUUGCUACAACGACAUCAAGCGUAGCAGCUGUAAUAAUACCUGGAGGCCGAACAUUACAUUCCAGAUUUAAGAUAAAAAUCCCAACAACAGAAUCAUCUAUGUGUAGCAUAUCCAAGCAAGAUGGAACCUCAAAAUUGAUUAAGAUAGCUAGAUUAAUAAUUUGGGAUGAAGCUCCAAUGGGUAAACGCGUUGCAAUUGAAAUAUUAGAUAUAACAUUAAGGGAUAUAAUGGACCGAGAUCAUCCAUUUGGUGGCAAAGUAAUUGUAUUUGAUGUGGAUUUCAGACAAGUUUUACCGGUAGUACCCCGCGCAACAAGAUCACAAACCGUUAGAGAAAGUUUAGUGAGCUCAUAUUUGUGGAGAAAAAUGGAAAAGUUGAAGCUAUCAAAGAAUAUGAGAGCAAUGACAGAUUCAACAUUUAGCGACUUUCUUCUUAGAGUUGGGAAUGGAGAUGAACCGACAGUGGCUGAUGACCUAAUAGCGUUGCCCACAUCUAUUUUGAUUAAGAAUCAAAGUAUUGAUUUACCAGAAGAUUGUCUCAUAAAAUCAAUUUUUCCAUCUUUAGAUAAGAACUUCCAAUCCAUUGACUAUAUGAAAGAUCGAGCUAUCCUAGCAACAAAAAAUGAAUAUGCCGACAUGCUAAAUGAUAGAAUCAUAAAAUAA